AUCACGUGGAGGGACAUCGCCGGUCUGGACGAGGUGAUCACAGAGCUGAAGGAGACGGUGAUCUUACCUGUCCAGAAGAGACACCUGUUCCAGGGAUCCAGACUGCUGCAGCCCCCCAAAGGCGUGCUGCUGUAUGGGCCACCGGGUUGUGGGAAAACGCUGAUCGCCAAGGCGACGGCGAAGGAGGCGGGGUUUCGUUUUAUUAACCUGCAGCCGAGCACGCUGACGGACAAAUGGUAUGGAGAGUCCCAGAAACUCGCCGCCGCCGUCUUUUCAUUGGCCGUCAAACUGCAGCCGUCAAUCAUCUUUGUCGACGAGAUCGACUCGUUCCUGAGGAGUCGCUCGAGUUCAGACCACGAAGCCACGGCCAUGAUGAAGGCUCAGUUCAUGAGUCUGUGGGACGGACUGGACACGGACCACCACUGCCAGGUACUUAUAUAUACU